CCUCAGUAACAUCUAGGAGCUGUUGUAGUGAAGACCUAUGUUCUCCUUUCUCUGCCGGGUUAAUUAGUUAAUUAGUUAAUUGAUCUGAAGCAAUUAAUUAAAGUGAUGGAAUCGUGUCAUUCUGUUCAAUACAUCUCUCCAUGUCAUCUCCCAGCACAUUCAACUUUAGGACACCUCAUAAAGAUUAUAGAAAAACUUCAAAAUCGUGACUAUGCAGUGCCAGACAUAAGUGAGGAUUUGAGGUGGCUAAAAUGUGAGAGGGGACGAGACAAAAUGGAGGGAAGCAGUGGGACCGGCCAAUCAAAACAGUUGUCUUCUGUUAUUGGUACACUGGAAAUGGAACUCCGAAAACUACAACAGUCCAAUGAAAGUCUGGCACAGGAGAACACCAGUCAGCACCAGAGUAUAAAGGCAUUGGAACAGAAACUAAAGCCUUUGAAUGAGAAAAACAGAAAGUUUCUGGAGAAAAACAUGGAGCUGACAAAUAUGAACCGAAACCUGAAGGACCAGUUACAGAGCAUGUCAGAGGAGAAUAAGAAACUGAAGGACCAAUGUGACCAGUGCAGGAAAAAGAUGAAACAGCUGAGUCAGCAGUUAUCCCAGGAGAGGCUUGAGAAAGCGACCCUGGAGCUACAGGCCCAGACCCUGCAGGGACUGAAGCAGACGUGUGCAGACCAAGAGAAGGAAUUGGAUGCCCUGAAGCUCAGUGUUAAGGAAAAGGAUCGGAGGAUAGAGCUUGUGCAGCACAGAAAAAGGAAGAAAAAAGUGCUCAGACCUCUAGAAAAGGGUGUAAAGGAGACGUUCUAUGGUUACGAUGAAGAGGAUACCUCCAUUGGCUCCGACAUUUCUCUGUCUCUGUCCGCGGGAACAAUCUCCGAUGAAGAACUCUGUGAGGAGUUGUCGCGGUCAGAGAUCGAGAAGAAUUACCAGAAACUGAUGAAGGAACACAUGGAGCUCCAGCGACUUCACGCUCUGUUGACCGCCAAGAGUGGUACCUACCAUGACCCCCAAAGGGAACUGAAGUUGCGGGUGGAUCUGGAGACCAAUCUAUUCGAGUCCCAACGAGAGAUAGAGAGACUCACGGCAGACCUGACAGAAACACAAAAGAAACUGACCGUCCUAGAGAAUGGGAGAAGUGAAACAUUGAGGGACAACCACAGGCUGAACAAAAAGGUUAAGCUUUUAGAGGAAAAUUGCUGCCAUUUGAGGGAAAAACUUGAAGAAUCCAAAGAAAUGGUGGAGACACUAGAAUUCCAAGUCAUGGAGUAUGAGACAGAUAAUGUAGGAGAUCUUGAGACAAUCCCUGAAGAUCCUGUGGAGAUGAAUGGCGCAGGACAUUCAUCCAGAAAGGGGUCCACCAGCAAUGAAUUCGAUGUCUAUGUUGAGUCCUUGGAGUCCUCGGUUCGUGACCUUCAGUCCAAGGUCAGUAGCCUCCAGCAGGAGAAUGCCGCCCUGAAGGAGAGACCCAUGGUAGCCUCACCCUCAUUGGAGGAGAGAGAGGCUCAAGAGGUCAUGACCUUGAAGGACACUUGCACUCCGUCAUUGCACUCACAACAACUCACUACUCAGUCUUCAAACUCGCGAGCUUUAGACUCGCCAGACUUUCACGAGAACCAACUGGGCGUGAAAAGUCUUAAUGAACCGACUCCAAAUUUGGAUGUUAUGAUCCCCAAAGAUCAGCCUUCCGCGGGGGACAUGUGUAACCCCACUCACACCAAUGAAAUGGCCACCUCCCAAAGUGACCAGGUUCCUAUGGGGGAGACAAGUUGUAUGUCGGAAAACAUUGAGCCUCAAAAUGAGCUUUGUAAUGUUGAGAAUUUUAGCAAGGUAGAUGAGUCUGAGUCAGUUAUAAGUGAAGACUCGUAUGCAAGUUUGGAUGAAAGCCAUGAUGCCCACCAAGACUUGAGUCAUGAUGUAAUUGCCUGUACAGCUGAGAUUGAAGCUCUCAAAGAUGACUUAAAUAAAUCUCGAGAGGAAGUGUUGAGCUUGAGGUCUCGGCUUGAAGAGGGAAUGAGUAUGAAAGCAGAUGAGUUGGAUGAGAGUGUGGACUCAUACGAGUCAAAGCUGGAAGAGUUCAGACAAGUCUGUAUGACUCUCCAAGACCGAAUUUUCCAGAGCGAGACUUCAGAGAAACAGCUGCGAGAAAAGCUCAAACUCGCUGAGUACACAAUCAAUGAUCUUGAGAGCAGUGAGAACAGUGCGAGAGAAAACCUUGACAUAUGUCGGAAAUCUGAGAUGAAUUGUAAAAAAUCACUGAGUAGCUGUCAGCAAAAAAUUCGAGAGCUAAAGGAGAUCAUACUGGACAAAGAUGUCAGCGAGAUGAAUCUCGCGGAGAAGGUGCAGUAUUUGGAAAAAGCAGAAGAAAUAGCGUCUCAAAAGAUCUCAGAUCUCGAGAUGCAAAACCAACUACUGGAGCAGAGACUUCAGCUGAAGGAGGAACUCGAGACAGACAUCAUGCUCGUCGAGACGCUCAAGGAACAGAUCAAAGAUCUCAAGGCCGAAAAUAAGGAUCUCAGCGCCAAAGUGGCAGACCUCGAGGAGAAUGAAGAAAUUCUUAAAAUCAACUGGAUGAAAGUAGCAGAGAAUGACGCGGAGAGAAUUCAAAGUUUGGAAGAAAAGGUGAAUAAUCUAGAGUCACUGAAUGUGGAUCUCAGAAAGAGGCUGCGGGAACAGAGAGAAAAAUCGGAUCCUCCCAAUACCCCGUCCUUGGCUUCCGAAUUGUCGGAGAGUGAUACAUCUCUUGAUAGGAACUCGAUGGUGUCUCUGAAAGAAGAAAUCAGGAAGCUUAAGGAGGAACUUCAUGAAACGGAAGAGAAAAAGAAUGGCCAGAUCGAGAAGUUGCAGGAUAGAAUUGCCACUCUAAGAGAGAAUGAAAUCAAACUGAGUGAAACUUUGGCUGAAAUGGAGCAAAUAGAGAGAGAGCUAAAAAGUAAAGUCACAAUGUAUGAACAAUUUUCUUCAUAUGACAAAAUACAACAGUAUGAGGGGAAGAUUCAGGAAAUGCAUCGAUCACGUGAAGACCUGCUGGACAGAAUGGACUCCAUGGAAGAGCAUGAAGGUGAUCUGAAAAAGAGGCUGAUAGAAAUGGAAGAAAAGCAUGCGUGGAAAGUGGAACAAUACGAGCGGAAAAUGGAGCUCAUGGAGAAAGAAAUAGCUCAGUAUAUUCAGCAGGAGGAGGAGCUGACCAACAGGAUAAUGGAAAUAGAGAAACACGAAGAUGAAGUGAUGGAAAAAGCAAACAAGUACGAAGAGGAAAUCAAACUUUUAGAACAACAGUUAGAGGAAGCAAACAAAUACGAAGAGGAUGUGAAACUUCUAGAACAACAGUUGGAGGAGUCAGAGAGUGCAAGAGAAGAUUUAGAACACAAGGGCGACAAACUUUUAGAGGAGCUGGAGGAACUGCGUAAAGAAAACCAAGAACUUCACGAUAAUUUGGAGAGUGUGAACGAGGAGUUGGAACAAAUUCGGGUUGAAAACAACGAUCUGAACGAAAGAUUGAUCGAGUUGGAUUCUUAUGAACAAGAGUGUGAGGAGAAGGUGACAGCAGUGGAAAACAAAUCUAGUCUGCUGGAAGACGCCAACUGUCGACUGAUGGAUCGUGUGACCGAACUUGAAGGUUUGGAAAUGGAUCUACGCAGUAAGCUAGUGAGUUCUUCUGUGAAUGUAAAAUCUAAAUUGGACAGUUGUUCAUGUGAGGAUAAGAGUACAGAUACCGAUGACUUAAAUGCGCCGACUGGGAGAAAACUGACUGGAAUGUUUGAACGUCUGCAGGAUUUGGAGUCAGAAAACCAGACCUUUGCCGAUCAGCUCUGUUCAUUGCAAGGAGCAGAUUCUUUGAAUAAGAAACUGAAUGAAAAAGUGAAACUGCUGGAAGACUCUGAAGAAAAACUGAUGGAGCGCGUUAUAGAGCUGGAAGAUCGUGAGGAUAUCUUGACGAAAGAAAAUCAGAAACUGCGUAACUCGAUUAUGCUCACGGAGGUGCCUGAUAUUGUGAAGGAAGUGACGGAACUCCGAGAAACCAUCGAAAUGUUGAAAGAGAACUUAGAAUCAUUGAGGUGUGAAAACGAGGAGUACCAAGAAAAGAUUGCGGUGGCCGAAGAAACAAUUCAGAAUUUACAGAGUGAACUUAGCAUUCAGAAGUCCACACUGGAAAACUCAGAAACAAGGGUAGCUGAGUUGCAAAAUUCUUUAACAGAAACUGAAAGCGAUCUUUCAAAGGAAAAACAAUGUGUUCAAAUUUUACAGGAUUCCGAAAAGAAUUUAUCAGUGAAAUUAAAAACAGAGAAAUCUCAUGCUGAAAAGUUGGAGUGUGAUUUAUCAAAAACAAGGAAUGAAAUGAAGAGAAUGCAAAUGGAAUAUGAAUCAAAAUUGUCCGAACUUAACGACACUCUUUCUAGUCAUGUUUGUACUGUCUCAGAAUUAGAAACAUCAUUGUCUCAUCUCAAAUACAACAAAGAGGAACAUUCCAAAAAAAUUUCAGAGCUCACAGAGGAGAAUAACGCAUUGAUUAAAUUAGUUAAAAUGAAAAAAGAUCAUGUGAAUAGUGAUUGUGAAAGUGAUUGUGAAAAUACUUUUGUUCAAGAGAAGAAACUUGCGAUGAAAUUUCAUGAAAAUGCCACCCCCAUAAGUGCCCAAUCUACUCCGAUCAAACCUCAGACCAACCCUAGUGCCAAAGACGAAUUAAUUAGUGAUAUAUCAAAUAUUGUUCAUAUUGGUGACGAUACCCAAUGUGCCAAAUGUAUCAAAUUAAAUCAAAAGUUAAGCGAACAAUCCAAACGCGAAUCAGCUCUUGUUGAAAAUCUGGCAGCCUUAAGAAAGGAAAUGCAAGACAGCAAAGAAAAACCCGGGAGAAAUCUGUGUUCCAAAUGUCAGGGUGUGACUUUAAGUAAUUCGCCAUCAAUUUUGUCGGAUGUGGACAGUUUUUUCGGACUGAAUAAAACGGAGGAGUUCAACAGAAAAGUCAGGAUGCUGGAAGAUCAGUGUGACGAGAAAGUGUUACGUGCCCGGGAGAAAGCGCUGGGCUGUCGCGUCAAGGAGCUGGAGGACGAGAUGGAGGAGUUCCAGAGAAUUCUACAGGACAUCGUGCUCGACGUCCAGAUCCGUUUUCACGAUGACAUAAUCGAAGUUGGCACAGAGGUCCCUCGAACGUUUCAGCUUCCAACUGAGUUACCUGUUGUUCUGAAUCCAGCGCUGGGACAAGUUUUGGAAAAUCUUGUUCAUUGUGUUGACUGUCUCACAAAAUCAAAGGAGAAUCUCAGGAGCAAAGGAGAUGAAGGAAAAUCAAAGAUAGAGUUAUUGGAGCAGAACGAACAGUCCCUGAAACAGGAGAUUCUGGAUCUGAAAGAGAAACUGGCUAACAACAACAAUGGCGAUGAUGAAAUCCGCAACAAUCCGACGGAGCUACUGACCAAGAUAACAAAGCUGGAAGCCAUGAACCGGGAACUGAAUGACCGACUGGAAUCCGACCAGGUCGUCCAAUCCAAGGGAGGGCUGGAGAGUCCGGAGGAUGUGUUCCGACAGAGAAUCUCCGAAUUGGAGCGGCUGGAAAAACACCUCAAAACUCAGGUUUCUGACUUGGAAAAAGAUCGGGAAGAACUACAUGAGAUAGCACGGAAGGACAAGAACACUAUCCACGAGCAGAACAUCCGGAUCCGCGAGCUUCAGUUAUCCGAGAAGAACAUGAAGCAGCAGCUGAACCAGCUGGAAGCUUCAGAGCAGGGUCUCUUCAACAAGGUGGAAGACCUGGAAGAGCAGAUCGCAAAGAUGGAGGAUCGGAUAUCAGAGCUGAAGAUUCUGGAAAUGAGGUUGAAAGAGUUGGUGAGGAAAUACAAGCUCGACGAGGAGGUGUGGUUGUCAAAAUCGGCAAACUUGAACGAGACUUUGUCGGAGUUAUCGAUGUCUGAGGCUCAAUUGAGGCAACAGUUAGAGAACUUGGAGAAAGAGAAACUGAACUUGUCAGAGAAAUCAGAGUACCUGGAAGAGAGGUUGAAAGAAGUGGAGAAGGCAGAGUCUAGUUUGUUGCAGAGGACAAAAGAUCAAGAAAACAAGGAGAUCAGUUUAAGUAAGAGACUUUCAGAAAUGCAGACCAUGGGAUCCAAUGCAGAGAAGCAACUUGCAGAUUUACACAACGCAAAUAUCGAACUCUCGCAGCAAAUGAAUCAUGUGAUGCAAGAAAACGCAGCUCUAUCCCAUCAUCUAGCGCAACUUCAAAAUCAACUGGCUGUUCUGGAUCAGCAAAAUGUUUCACUUCAUACAGACUUGGAGAGGCUUAACAAAGAACAUGUUUCACUUCAGUCGUCAGGAAAAUCAACAGACAAGGAGCUAGAGAAGAGCAAGAUUCGUGAGGUCGAGAUGGAAGGGAAACUGCGACAAAUGGAGGAAUCCGAGGAAUUGCUGAAAGAAAAGAUUGGAAAUCUACAGCGCAGCGAAAAUCGCCUCAAGUACCGCAUUCAGCAACUAGAGUCAGGAUCAACAGUAACAGAAUUGAGUCCUUCACAACGAGAAAAACUACCUCGCAAAUUAGAAGAUUGUCAAAAAAGAAUUGUGGUCCUUCAGAAUCAAAAUGAACAACUUGGCAAUAGAUUGCGAGAGUACCAGAAUCCCGAAUCUGGAUUCAUUAAACUUCCGGACGCAGAGCUCCGUCGUCUACAGGCGAGGGAUGCUCUUCUGGAACAGAGCGAGACAGAGGUUCGCGAAAUUGGCAAACUCAACGCUCAUCUUCAGGAUACCAUUGAGGAGUUGAGGGAAGGAAAGGAUGUUUGUGGCCAUGAGAGUGAGAUAGAGGCUCUAAGGAACAGACUUGAUGCAAGCAACAGAACCAUUUUGGUGCUGAAAAAUCUUAUAGAGGAGGGGCAGAAACCACUGGGGCAUGACACUAAUGGAGAUCUUUUUUCAGAAAUAUUUGCAGACCAUAUCUUGCCCUCUCACAUGGGAAGAGAGGGUAAAGGUCACCUGGCAGAGAGAAGGGUCAAAAGCCAAAGGUCAAGUCAGUCCAAUUUGAUUGGACGCCCUGUACGGGAGCCGGCUAAUGAUGCCGGAGCUCUGAAUGAGAAAAUGAUUUCUAAGGAAGUACAGGGUUUACACGAAAAAAAUCCCUACAGCUUGACGGCUCAGGAAGAUCGUCAGCGAAGGGUCAACGAGUUCAUCAGCUGUCUCGAAAGAGACGAGCUGCUCUCCCCACGGGAAGAAGCUCACUGGAGGCAGGUGGAGUCGCGAGUUCCCCACCCCCCAGAGUCCGAGCGAUGGAUCCACGUGGGUAAAGCCAAGAGCUUACAUUCCAGUGUACCUAAUCGGUCCCACCCAAGUAGCAACGAAGAGCUAGUGCUCGGUUUGACGCUCCCUUCAGAAUCGGAGAGUCAACAAUUUACCCAGAAUGACACAGAUUCCAGCGGGAACAGCCCCGCAACAAAAAGAAGAAAAUUUCGUCCAGUGAAUGGAACAGAGCCCCUAAUGACCCCAUCCUCAACUCAUGGUGCAAUAAAUUUCGACGCCCCCUACUACCUGCCGUAUGUCAAUCAUGGCCGCGGGGGCAGAGAGGAGGAGGAGCCAGACGUGCAGUAUAUGACGGAGGAAUACAAGAUGAUGUCUCCACCAAUCAGGACGGAGGAGACCACCGGAAGUCUCCCGGACAGCGGCCAUGGAACCACCUCUGUGGCUUCCACUGGAAGAUCUCAAAUGUCACUCAAAGAGAAGAUAGCCGAGAUCGGGAAGUCGCUGCAGAAGCGCCCUCUGUCUUCUGUUAGUGACCUGUCCGACGACGAUGAAGAUUCUGUGCACGUCUGGAAAUCCAAGGCAAGUGAUUCCUCUCGAAGAUUAGAAGAUGCAGAGAAGGAGUCUAGAUAUCUCAAAGGAGAGAUAAACAAACUAGAGAAGGAGUUAGAAGAGAAGAUUAGAUACAUUGUAAUUUUAGAGGACUUCAUAGAAAAACUAAAGGCCCUGCUAGAGAUGAAGGGUUCAAAAUCUGACAAAGAACUGGUUCAAACCCUGGAGGCAGAGUUGAUUAAGACACUGGAGGAGCUACAGGAUUCGGGCUGUCCCCCACAGGACUUGAACCAGGAUCCAGUGGCACUCAGCUCAGAGCUGGCCAAAAAGGACCGCGAGUUAACAGCUAAGACCAAUGAAGUUGACAGCUUGAUGCGUGAACUCCGUCAGUGGCAGGAGGAGUGUCGCCUGGUCGAGGACAUGCGCACUAACGCGCUGGACGCCCUGCGAUGUCUGGAGAUGGAGGUCUCUGAUCUGCAGACGACAGGAAAGGACCUCCACUCCUCCAAAGAGUCGUACAGCAAAUUACAGCAACAGUACAGAAAAGUUCAGCAGGAGCUGAGAAGCGUUGAGCUGUUGGAAUGGGAGCGAGAUGAACUUCAAGACCAGAUUAACAGGCUCAAAAAAGAGGUCACAAUCGCAGCUGCUUUACAGAGCGAAAUAGAUGUUUCCGAAAAUAAACUAGAUCACAUGACCUCAAUCCUUCAAAACAGGACAGAUAAAAUCAAGUCUCUAAUAGAUGAGAUAUCCUCCUACAAAUCUCGCAUUGUUUCUCUGGAGUGCGAGAACUCGUACUUAUACAAGACCCUAGCUGCUCGACCAGGCUCCAAAGCAAGGAAUCAAGAACUGGAAGUCAAGAGUGAGCAGAUCAUGGUAGCAAUAGCCCCACUGAAGACCAAAAUAUCCAGACUGGUGCAGAAAUGUAGGGACAAGGAUGACUUACUGAGAAGACUGGGGGCUGAACUCAGGAAACUAAAAAAGGGGGGUGGGCCAGGACCGCUUCUGCAGGAAUUGGCCAUGAUGGAACAAAGAAUGUCCUCCGAGGAAUACAACAUGCCGGAGGCCGAGUUCUUACAGCAGCCCAAUCAUUCGAACCGACUGUCUGUGUCAAUGAUUGACCUUCAGAGGUCAAGGUCUAACUCCUCCGUCAGUGACAGCCAAGAUCUCAUUGCCCACAGUGACACGGAGAUGGUGACGCCUGUAACGAGGCGAUCAAACCAGCGUCCAGCCGAGCGGCGUCACAGACUGCCACCACCAACACGUUCAUCCCACAACACACCCCACCUACCACAAAUCCACAAUGGGCAACCACCACUCAGCUACGCCCUGCCGUCAGAAUCUCUUCCUGUGGGCUACAUGCCGCCUGAUCCAUUGUUUAUUGCUGUGUCCGACUACAAUCCACAGAGUAUUUUCUCUCAGAGUCAGCGUCCGGGGGAGGAGCUAGCGCUGAAGGAAUGGGACAAAGUGAAGGUGAUAGGAGCUCUUGAUGAGACCGGCUACUAUUUGGCUGAGGUGGAUGGUAAGACAGGACUUGUACCUGCCGAUUACCUGCGCCCCGCCAACUACGCAGACCAAAGAAACGGCCGAUGGCUAGGAAUGAUGGGAGAAAAACUUCCGUCUUACUUAGACGGGAGUCCAGAGAGAAUCGUGCAAACCCAUUACCAGCUACAGCAGUCACAGAGAACUAAUCCAAAUGGUCCACAUUCUCCGAGACCAAUGGCAGAGAUGACUUCCUUGUCCCUCAGAAACAGAACCGUUCCAUCACGAUCAGACAAUCCAGAAUCACCAAGAGAUUUCAGAGUGGAAAAAGUGAUUGACCAAAAUACUCUCAUGUUGGCUUGGACACCACCUAAAUAUACAAACAACAGUCAUAGCAGGGGGGUCAAAUGCACCGGGUACAAAAUUUACGUAGACGGUCAUCUUCACCAGCAAGCAAAUAGUCCUCACAUUGCUAAAACCAUCGUCAAAAACGUGGACACACAUCUGUACCAUGGAUUCAGUAUUCAGACCGUGGGGUCAGGCGGACGCUGCUCAGAUCUGAUGGAAACUUCCCACAAUGCAACAGUGACGGGCCCCAGGCGAGAGGUUGUUGAGGAAAGUCCAUCAGGCAUCAAGAAUAACGAAGUGUAUUCCUCAUCACACAAGCGUUUGUUUGUAGCCGUUUACGACUUUGCUCCAUCCCCCGGGAAACAUGGGCGCCUGGAGCUAGCGUUCCAGGCAGGGGAGAGAAUCGAUGUGUACGGAGAGGAGAGACCGGACGGAUUUUAUUACGGAGAGAUUAAUGGUAGCCGGGGUUUAGUCCCUUGCUUCUUCAUACAGGAAGUGCCACCUCCAGAACACCACUAGAAUGAAAACAACAUGACUACCAGUCCUGCCAAGAGGUUGUGAGAAAAUCUAUGCAUAAAAUUCACCAAAGUGUGAUUCAACUUAACUCCAAAUUAUAAAUCUCAAAAACAAACUGUUCAUAUAAACAUCAUUUUUUGUGAAUUCAGAUUAUUACACAGAUUAUUUGUGUUACACCCACAGAACUGUUGUUAUGGCCACCUCUUUCAUAUAAUUCAUGAAUUAAGUUUGCAAUACAAAACCCCAAAGUUUGUUAUUCGUUUUUCAUUAUGGGUAGUCCUACAUGCAAUGGAAUUAUUAUGCAUAUCGUUUUAUCAUAUCUGUUUUUCCAAAACAAUAUCAAAUUGUUUUCUCACUUUAUCUGUACAUGUAAUAGCAAAGAUAACAGUUGUCUUCCAAUGUGUAAAUGAAUUACAUGUAAAUGUAUGGAAUGAUAUUAACCAUUCAUGAACAUUGUGACUUUUUUACUUGACCUGUAAUAUUUUUUUCAUAUUGUCUGAUCAUCAUACACUCCACACGUUCUAUAAUUUAUUAAUUUUUUUUUUAAACUAAGGCAUGCAUUAGUGGUCACAAAAUGUUGGAUCUACACGUGUUUGUAUAAAUACUUGUAUAUUUUAACGACCAGUACUGUACAGCAUAGGUUGGCAUUUAUUGUUGAAAUCUUGUCAUGGUUAAAUGCAAUAGAUCACCUUUAUAUUCAUGUCUGUGGGGACAACUAUCGGUAAGCCCGUGAUAUUGGAAGACUAGUUGCAGGGCCUUGCUAUAAGUCCUCAAGACUUUUAUGGCAUUUAUUAUUUGUUUGUUAUUUUUAUAUUAAAUGAUAUUAAAUACUUAACAUAAUUAUAUAAA